AUGUCUACCCACGAUGUUGUCGCAAACGUGCAAGAGAAAUCUGCGGACAAACCUGCGGUCGUCUCCGAGUCCAAUGGCGAUAUCAAAGUCCCCAAGAUCAGUGUCGAUGCUCCGGCCUCACCAGGCGACUCGACACCGCCGGCGGGACAACUCUUGACGGGCAAACAAGAGCACUAUCUUAAACGAGAACUCAUCUCCCGCCAGGUCUCGGAAGAGAUCACCGAAUUGAGCAGUCCGACAGCCCUUCAACGCUUUGGUGCUCCUUUCCGUUCACAAUAUGGCGAAGUCUCCCCCAUGGACUCUGAGUUGCCAAUCCUGCGGUAUAUCUUUGUCAAUCACGUCCGCAAUUUCCCCUUCCUCGACCAGGCGAAAGAGAAGGAAUUUUGGCAGGACAAGUUGCAGACGUUCCUUGAGUCCUUUGCCAGCAAAUACAUCUCUUCAUCGGAAGACAGGCUGGAAGAAACCAAAAGGAGGAAGUUGGCAAGGAAGUCCGAAAAGUUGGUGGAGCUGAUGAUGGUUUCUGGUGUACCCACGGCCUCUGGUUAUGAAGAGAGAAUACGUUUCGCCGAGAUGGAAGUUGUGGAGCGUGGCGCGAAUGAACAAGGCCUGGUUGUGAAUAUUCCAGAAGGAAACUACAUCAACAAUUGGGAUAUCAAUGUGGCUGGUGUGAGGAUCACCUCAGUCAAGCGAACCGUUCGCUAUCAUCAGCACGCCGAGUUCCUGAUACGAGUCAAAAGACCCGACCAGCCAGAAAUAUACAUCGGAAGACGGUACGGUGAUUUCGUAAAGCUUCACAAAAGGCUUCGGACUGAGAUGCCGGGUAAGAUUCUCCCACCUUUACCAAGGAAGAACAAAUCCUCUACGUUCACGUCUGUUUUGCCGUCAGGUGAUGACGAUACUUCAUCGGUGUCUUCUGUCUCUACUGGAGUCAGUGUAGAGGAUUCUGGGAGGAAUCUUCUCGUUCACCGACGUUUGAAGUCAUCCAACUCCUUGAGUCCUAAUCUCGGGUCCGGCUCACCCAAGUCAUCAGCAACCCCGAGGAGUCUCUCCAGAGAAAGAGGAACCAGCCCAAGCCCGCAGACUGUUCGCCUACAUCGAGAAGAUCAAAGAGUCUCACUGCGAGCUUUCUUGAGGACUCUCUUGCAAAACCCCAAUAUUGCACAGUCGAAAUCAAUGACUGAUUUCCUGACUCUUCAACCUAUCAGUCUCAACGAAGAGGAACUAGAAGACAUCGAACGACGAAAAGAGAUGGACGCAAGGCGGUUGGAAGAGCAGAGGAAGUUCUACGAUAUCGCCAGGAAACGAGCGGCAGAGCUUGACACCUACAUGGAGAAAUUCCGAAGAAAUAUCGUCGAGGCUAAUGGCUUGACCAAACUAUUCGCUGAGAUACGAAGCAAAGACAAGCUUGCAGAUUUAAGCCCCGAGUAUCAAAAAUUCGCAGAAUGGCUCAGGAUAGAAGUGGCAGCCACCAUCUACCAUCUAUUCCUGGCAGAAGAUAACUCCCCCGAGUUGUUUGCCCAGGCGAAACGAAUACAUUCUCUGGUGCCGUAUACGGUACUGAAGAACGUGAUUCGAAUAGCAAACCCUGCAGCAGUCAUGUCUGGUGUCCUGGAUCUCUUUCUGGCACAACCCUUCGGCGCAAGAUCACUAUUACAACGAAUUUUUGCCCAGACCCUGGCAGAUGGAAUCCGACAGUUCCAGAGAUCUAUCGAUGGUGUCGCCGGACAAGUGGGAGACCCAGUCUUGGUCAACAAAAUCAAAGCAUUCGUCGACAGUCCCGAAGAAACCAAGAACCUCCUCCGAGCAGAGGCGGAGACAGAACAAAUUGACCUUGUCGUGGCGAUUCUCAGGUCAGAACAAUUCGAACCUGAACUUACGCCGCCACAGAUUCAACGGGUCUACAACGCAUGGGUAGCGUGGAACAGUGCAGUGGAAAACGAAGACGAAGAACUUAAACAAGGGGCUGAAAUGUUCUCACACCUCAAGCAGCUUCUCAAGUUAAUGACUCGGCAACGUGACAAGGCCAUGAUGGCAGCUAUGAUCGAGGAGCCUAAUACUCUCCAGCUGUUCCGUGAUCUAUUCACCAUAUUCUACGAACCUUUAAUCCGGGUGUACAAAUCUGCAAAUGUUUACAACUCCAUCACGGACUUUGCGCGCUUCGCCGACGACGCCAUCAAAACGGUCGAAAUCGCACAGAGGCAAGACGUGUCAGCCGACCCAAAUCAGACUGUUCAGUCCUUCAUCGAUCUUUGUGCUAGACACGAAGAUAACUUGUAUAAAUUCAUCCACGAAGUUCAUACUCAUGAUAACGGCCUCUUUACCGCCUUGAUGGGCUGGAUUGAGGGCAUCCUCGAGUUCCUCCGGAAAGGCCCCAGGAGCGGCGGGAAACUGGAUAUGAAUGCGAUCUUGCAAGGGGCGCUAGACAUGGGGGCGGUGGACAGGGAGAUCAUAAUCACAGAGGUCGAUGAGUUGAUCAAGUGGCAGGAGGCGCGAAAGAAAUGGCAUAGCGAUAAGACGAGGCAGAAAAUGGCCGCCGAGGGAACAGGGUCUGCCAAUUCUUCAGAAGCAGCCACGGGGAUGCCGGGGGCCAACUUCCGGAGUAGCGAUUUCGGAUUGCAUGAGGUUGCCGCCUCUGAUACUGGAUUUAUGCUGACGAUUUUGGUAACGUUGCAGGGCGAUCUAAUGGACCUCAGCAUUUCCGACGAAGAGGAUGACCUUGACUCUGAAGAAGAAGAUGCAGAAGACGAUCUCGACCCUCUCUCGGCUGAACGUCGUCGCCGUAGAAAGGCACAAGACAGGCUGAGAAGGAGCGCCGGCGAGCCUGUCAAGCCGGAGGUCAGCGAGGUGCUGAAGCUACGCGAGUCAUUUGUGGCAAUGCUGAGAGCUGUUCUGAGUGAUUAA